UCUAUAAAAAUACCCAGAGAUCAGAGGGAGGAAGCCAAAGUUUGUGUUGCUCUACCGCCCUACGACAGACAUGAUGAUGAAAGGCCACGCCAUCCUCUUUGUUCUCAUCGGCUUGUUGGUUUCUGAAGCCUACUCUCAAGCUCCGGACAAAUCAGAGAAAGAAGUGGCCUCUCUGAGGCUGGAGAUCUCGCUUUUGAAGAAUAGCUACAGACAGCUGUGUCAGAAAUACAGAGACGUGGCCGCCAACUGCUCAGUUCCAGACUUCCAAUGCAACGAGUGUCCAGACAAGUGGCUUCAUGUCGGAGACCAGUGCUUCCUCAUGAUCCCUGACAGGCAGGACUUCGCCACAAGUGCACAAAAGUGUCAAGAGAUGGGGGCUCAUCUUGCCAUUUUGAACAACAGGGAAGAGCAUGAUGCUGUGGAAAAAGAGGGCCGAAGGAUCGCAGGGUUUCACACACACUACUGGAUUGGACUGACAGACAGUGAGACUGAAGGACAGUGGAAAUGGGUGGACAACUCAACAAUUACAACACCAUUUUGGGACCCCGACAAAAACGAGCCCGACAACCACCAGUCUGGUGGGCCGGAGGGAGAGGACUGUGCUGUGGUGAACAGCUACAGUCAGACCUGGUUUGAUGUCCCCUGCUCCUUCUCGUAUCCCCGAAUCUGUCAAAUGAAAGCCAGUCCUAUCCCUUGAUCCCCAUCACAGCACUGCAGGAACACAACAGCCAUUAAAAAUAUUGAGUCUUUAUUGGAAAAACAUCCGUGGCCGAACCUACAAAUAAAAAAUUAUCUUACAAAAGCA